AUGUUUUUUGUCUUUUGUGAGGUCCGAAAUGGCCACAUAAAAAGAAUUACAGACAAUGACAUUCAGUCCCUGGUGCUAGAAGUUGAAGGAACCAAUGUCAGUACCACCUACAUCACUUGUCCUACUGAUCCGAAGAAAGGUUUGGGAAUUAAGCUUCCAUUUUUAGUAAUGAUUAUAAAAAAUUUAAAAAAAUACUUCACUUUUGAGGUGCAGGUUGUAGAUGACAAAGACAUGCGUAGGCGUUUCCGUGCCAGUAACUUUCAGAGUACCACGAGAAUCAAAACCUUCAGCUGCACAUUGCCUUUAAGAUUAGAUGAAGGAUGGAACUACAUACAGUUCAAUCUGCCUGACUUCACAUGGCAGACAUUCAGGACAAAGUAUAUUGAGACCCAUCGUGUUCAGAUACAUGCAAAUUGCCGAAUAAGAAGGGUUUAUUUCUCAGACAGACUUUAUUCAGAGGAUGAACUGCCUGCUGAGUUCAAGCUGUACCUGUCUAAAUCCAGACACAGAGAAUUACCUCCUGGAUCUUAAAACCAACUUGAACACAUCUAAUAUUAAGAAGGGG